CGGGGCCACGUGACGCGAUAGGCGCCCGAGGUGGCGGGGCUUGCGCAGGCGGAGCAGCCGCGGAGGCCUGAGUGGGGUGGGGGCUGCUGGGCGAGGUUUCCUGGCGGGUCCGAGCCUCGCCCGCACGUGCCUGCCUGCUCGCGCUCGCGGUCCUGGGCGCUGCCGCAGGUUGCCAGCCUCCUGCGUUUUAUCCUAACCCGGGCAUGUUGAGGACGCCGUGACCUUCAGGCUGAAGAAAUGAGGGCCUAAAGCGUGUGGAUCCAGCAUAGGAAAGGAAUAAUGCUGUCAGCAUGUCUGCACAUUCCAUGCUCUGUGAACGAAUCGCUAUAGCCAAGGAGCUGAUCAAGAGAGCAGAGUCACUUUCUAGAUCACGAAAAGGUGGCAUAGAAGGUGGUGCAAAGCUGUGCAGCAAAUUGAAGGCAGAAUUAAAAUUCUUACAGAAAGUAGAAGCUGGGAAGGUAGCUAUUAAAGAGUCCCACUUACAGAGCACUAACCUAACCCAUCUGAGAGCCAUCGUGGAAUCAGCAGAAAACCUGGAAGAGGUGGUCAGUGUCCUUCAUGUCUUUGGUUACACAGACGCCUUGGGAGAAAAGCAGACCCUUGUGGUAGACGUGGUUGCAAAUGGCGGUCACACUUGGGUGAAAGCCAUUGGCCGGAAGGCCGAAGCGCUGCAUAACAUUUGGCUGGGCAGGGGUCAGUAUGGGGACAAAAGCAUCAUUGAGCAGGCUGAAGACUUCCUGCAGGCCAGUCACCAGCAGCCAGUGCAGUACAGCAACCCUCACAUCAUCUUUGCGUUUUACAACAGCGUCUCCAGCCCCAUGGCAGAGAAGCUGAGAGAAAUGGGCAUAUCUGUAAGAGGAGACAUAGUGGCGGUGAACUCCCUGUUAGAUCACCCCGAAGAGCUCCAGCUGAGUGAGAGGGAAUCGGAUGACGAGGGCCCUGAACUUCUGCAGGUGACCAGAGUAGACCGAGAAAACAUCCUGGCUCGUGUGGCCUUUCCGACGGAGAUCAAGGUGGACGUGUGCAAAAGAGUGAAUUUGGACAUCACCACUCUAAUCACGUAUGUGUCUGCCCUCAGCUAUGGAGGCUGCCACUUCGUCUUCAAAGAAAAAGUGCUCACAGAACAAGCGGAGCAAGAGAGGAAAGAGCAGGUUCUGCCGCAGCUGGAGGCAUUCAUGAAGGACAAGGAGCUGUUUGCUUGCGAAUCUGCCGUCAAGGAUUUUCAGUCCAUUCUAGAUACCUUAGGAGGACCAGGGGAGAGAGAGAGGGCCGCACUGCUAAUUAAGCGAAUCAAUGUGGUCCCAGACCAGCCUUCUGAGCGUGCCUUGAGACUAGUGGCCAGUUCAAAAAUCAACAGCCGCUCAUUAACGAUUUUUGGGACGGGAGACACCCUAAAAGCCAUCACAAUGACUGCCAAUAGUGGUUUUGUUAGAGCUGCCAACAACCAGGGUGUUAAAUUUAGUGUGUUUAUCCAUCAGCCCAGAGCACUUACUGAGAGCAAAGAGGCCCUAGCUACCCCCUUACCCAAAGACUGCACCACUGACAGCAAACACUAAUGACAUCCUUUAAAUAUUGUCAUGGAAAUAAGUUAUUUAUACCAAAGGCUGGGUCUUGCCAUCUUCACUGGAGACAAAAAGAGGUCCAUAGUAAAAAUAAUCCUCAGGACCCUUAAACCAGUAAAGUCGAUUGUGUGUCUCAUCUAUAAAGUUUAUAACCUAAAGUAGAAAAAGCACAAGAGGCAGCCUUAUUUAUCAAACUGGCUACAUUAUAAUUAGAACAGAACUAUGUAAGGCUUUUAGCUGUAUCACAAUACCAAUAUCUCACAAUCCAGUAGGGCUACAAUUUCCCUAAUGGUAAUUGCAUUUCUUGGACUGUGGCUACGUUGCAUCUUGCAUUAAAUACCUGGAGAAAACUCUGAA